CAUUGUUUUAAAGAUUUUUUUGGGAGUUUCAAAAAAAAUCUUUGAAAAAGUGGGGGAUAAAAAAUGGAUUAUAACAUUAUUUUUUUUUAAUGAUUUGAUGGGGUUAUUUUGUUUGUUUUAGCAAAUCGGUUGAUGGGUUUUUGAGUAUUUGCUAAUGGUUGGUGAAUGAUGAUUUGAGUUAAGAGAAAAAGAAAAAGGAAGAGGUGUAAAGAUGUCGAAGAAAUAGUGUAAAGUAGUAGUAAAGACUAGAACAAAUACAUGAGAAAAACGUUAGUUAUACUUUAUUCUUGGGUAAUUUUUGUCAAAUAAAUGGAUAAUUGAGCUGAAAUGUCAUGCCCGGUGCUUGGAUGAGUUUUUCCAAAGGGGGGUUUUUUGAAUCCAAAUAUUAAUUUCAAAUUUGGAGAUAGGACACCACCACUUUUGGUAGUUGCAGUCAAAGUGAAUGGUGAUAAAGGCAAGUUGAGCAAUUGUGAGAAAUUUUUAGAUUAAAUCUUUAUACAUCUCAAGAGAAUUCUUGGAAUAAAAAUUAUAUUUUUUGUUAAUUUGGAUUGAAAGACCUUUUAGUAUACUGCAAAAUCUACAUCUUUUUCUUUAAGGGGGAUAGUGGGGACUGCAGGAUCUUACGCUACGUCUCCUCAGUGUCUUACGGAUCUAGCAAGUAAUAGUAUGCGCCUGGCGAUUCACAGCUGAACAAAAACGCCACUCUCAUAAUUCCCAUUAUAUUCUUCUUCCUACUUUUUUCUGAUCCAAAUUUCCAUAUAGCCCGUGCUGUCUUUUGUCUUCGUUAAUACAUCUGAUGGGGUUUCGUUCAAACCCUAGAUUUAUCAUCCUUGUAGUAGCUGCUGCUGUUUUGCUUCUACUAUUGUCCUUAUCUCACACCGCCGCUGCACAGGAAAAUGAGGGAGAUGAAUCAAGAUCCUUCCAAGACCUGGGCCGCCGUGGCAUGGUCGUUAGAAAUGGAGGUGAUGCCAAAUCUGCUGGUAAUGGUCUUAAAUUGGAAUCGGGGCUUGGAAUUUUUGAUGCUUUCUUUGCCAGCUUGUCAAUGAUUUUGGUCAGCGAGAUUGGUGAUGAGACUUUUAUAAUAGCAGCUCUUAUGGCAAUGCGACACCCUAAAUCUACUGUGUUAUCGGGUGCUCUCACCGCCUUGAUUGUCAUGACAGUACUUUCUACUGGACUUGGUAGAAUCGUGCCAAAUUUAAUUUCAAGGAAGCAUACAAAUAGUGCAGCCACCGUUCUUUAUGCAUUUUUUGGCCUGCGGCUACUUUACAUUGCCUGGAGAUCGGAUUCAAAAUCAUCACAGAAAAAAGAAAUGGAAGAAGUAGAAGAAAAGCUUGAGGCUGGCCAAGGGAAAACAUCCUUCCGCCGUUACUUUUCAAGAUUUUGCACACCAAUAUUUUUGGAAUCAUUUAUUUUAACUUUUUUAGCUGAGUGGGGAGACCGUAGCCAGAUUGCUACAAUUGCUCUGGCAACACACAAAAAUGCCAUCGGCGUAGCUGUGGGGGCUACUUUGGGACAUACCAUCUGCACCUCCCUGGCAGUGGUUGGUGGAAGCCUUCUGGCGUCUAAGAUCUCUCAAGGGACAGUUGCAACCAUUGGAGGCUUACUUUUCCUUUGCUUUUCCUUGUCGUCUUAUUUCUAUCCUCCUCUAUAACAGCUAUUUAUAACCUACUGUAAUUAAAUUACAAUUAAAUUAAGUAUAAGUGAAGUUUAAUCAAUAAAUAAGUUGAAUUUAUAUGUUUUGAA